AUGUUUCUGAUCCCCGUGAUCUCUGAGCCAUACUCCACGCAGAAUCAGAAGAGCUUUUCAUCCAAAGUGCUCAUUGGAAACUGGGUGGAAGACAGGAGACGGUUUAGCAAAGCCACUGAUCAGACACCCCAGAGCGUUUCCAGAAAGGAGUACAUCCCCUUCCUAGACCAUGAGCCGGACCAAAUCUCCAGAUUGUACACGAAGAAAAGAAUGGAGGGGCUGCCGUACAAACAUCUGAUGACCCACCACCGGGAGCCCUCGCACCGCUACCUCAUCAGCGCCUACGACGAUCACUACAACCGGCGGAACUACAACCCAGCCAUGCCUGCCGUCCGCACGUGGAGUAGGCAGAAGUUGCUGUGGCUGCCGGAGAAAUCCGACUUCCCCCUUCUUGGUCCCCCUACAAACUAUGGAUUGUACGAGCAACAGAAGGAGAGGUGGCUUUCACCCCAGGGUGGCCUGAGAGAGAGCCUUUACACUUCAUCCUACUCUAGACCUCCACUGGGCACGCAGGCCCCUCUCCUUCCCCUGCGCUCCCUCCCACGCUUCUAA